CCUUAGUUUCUAACAGAACUACCGAUGAUGAACCGAGCAGGAAAAGAGGAAGUUUACAUAAAGGAAUGGAAAAGAUGUUGUGGAACGUCUGUGAGCUUCUGAGUCACAGAGGUCAUUCAGAAACAGUCCUGUUCUCUGGCUUCCAUAUCUUUUCUGGUCUCCUGAUGGACGCUCCGUGGAUCGCUCGCACCGUGGUUCUGAUGCUGCUUGUCGCUGGAGCUUUGGUCUCCGGUGACGACAGCUGGUCCAUGAAGGUCCAAUCGGAGGUGCGAGGUAUCGACGGCUACCCGGUGGUUCUGCCCUGCACCUUCAGCCACCCCAAGCACUCCCAGCAUUCCUUGCUGCAGGUGCUGUGGCGCCUGGGCCACGGGCCGACCGCCAUCGUCUUGUUUCGCUGCACCAGCCGGCCCGGGGCCCCCGUCUGUGAAGCGGGUCCAGAGCAGGACCAACGUUACCGUUUGGAGGGCAACCCGAGGGAGCACGACCUGUCGCUACGCAUCAACAGUGCCACCCUGCUGGACAACGGGCGGUACUACUGCAGGGUGGAGGUUCAGGGGAAAGAACACGUCAGCUUUGAGGAUAAAAUGGGGACCAGGCUGCGAGUGGAAGCUCCUCCAAAGAUCCUGGUCCUGUCCGUGGAGGGCAGUGAGCCGUCGGGGUACAGAGCUCUGUGUCGGGUCCAGGGUUCGCCGCUGCCUGACGUCCAGUGGCUGGGCCCCGAUGACCUGCUGGAGGGUUCGUCCGUGGAGCCGAUGGCGCUGGACUCACCGGGUCGAUACCACACGGUCAGCCAGCUGCGGGACGUGGAGCCCGGGCAGCAGUACACCUGCAGCGCCUCCAACCCGCUGGGCAAAGAUCAGGCCGCCCUCUACGUCCUGCACCCCCGACCUCUGCCCUCUUCCACCGAGACGCCGGCGCUUCUUCUUCUCUUGCUGCUGCUGUCUCUGGGGGCUAAAGUGGUUCUGGUGGUGGGGGUCGGGGUGUGGAUUGUCCAGGGAGGGGGGCUGCAGGGGGGCGGCUGCUGGAGGAAAUAA